UGAAGUAUCAUCGGGUUUAGCUCCUGACCAGGGCUCCACCUCUCUAGCAUCCUUCCACAGCGACCGUGUGCCUCUGCCUUGGCUUGAACCCACCCACGGCAUCCUCUUGCCGGUCCUCGCCCACCCGUCUCCAUCUCCGUCUCUAAACCUACACCUCGAGAGCCGCACUUCGACUGUUCCGUGCAAUGAUCCCACAGAUUUCCCUCUCUUCCUACCCGCCUCCUUGCACGCCGAACGACGCCUCUCUCGCCUACCACCACCAUCACACUCACAGCCAGACCGACACCAUGUCAACCUCGUCGUCAAACUCGUCAGUCAGCGAAAAGGAUGUGGCUGUCGACCCCACCCUCCAGCCCAGGCCCCGUCUCGGCAGCAGAAAGUCGAGCGGCACCAUCAUAAUACCCCGCGACAGUCCCAAUGUCGAAAUGAAGGAAGAGGAGGAGGAAUACGAUGACGGCGAUGCGCGCACAAUGAGUCCCCGUCGCAGCAGCGAGGAAAUUGAAAAAAUGGGUCAGGAUGCUCGACAGGCUCUCAUAGAACAAGCAAAAGCCCUGCAAGCUAGUCUCAUGGAAAUUGUCGACCGUGUUGAAGUUGUCAAGAGCGAACACGAAAAACUCGAGGGCGGCAACAAGUUCCUGCAAUCAUAUAUUGGCGAACUCAUGCAAACAAGCAAGCUCACCUCCGCCGGCGCUGGAAAGGCCACAAAGGUCAAGGGCAAGGGCAAGCCCAUCAAAUAACAAUCAGAGCUCGUCCACACUCACACGCACCCUGUGAGCCUCUACUGUGUCGGCCUCCCUCCCAACCCUCGACUCGUCAUGGACUCCACGCGCCUAUCCAACUCUCACUACCACGCAAUCAUGAUGGUCUACUGUCUAACAUACUGACCACCAUGACCACUCACCUACACGCACACACAUCCGUCCAUC